UCUAACCGCAACUUUAAAAACAAAAGGAAAAUAGUCUCUCUGCCUUUCUUUGCGUACGUCAAUUUGUAGAAGCAAAUCGUUUUUCUCCAAACUUUUCGAAAAACAUCAUCCUUCGAAGCUCGCAAGCUCUCUCUCCUCCUUCCUCCGGCAAUCUCCGUCAUCUCCUCCUGCUUAUCUCCGGUUUUGAAUUUGAGUGAUCGAAUGGGUAAAAUCAAGAAAGUGAAUCGUAGGGCUCGCGUUGCUGCUCCUUACACAUCAGCACCGUCGUGUUGCAAGAAAGAAUGGGCAGGCUCGACCUGUCCAGUAUGUUUGGAGUCUCCACACAACGCUGUUCUUCUCCUGUGCUCAUCCUAUCACAAAGGAUGCCGUCCUUACAUGUGCGCGACCAGCAGCCGUUUCGCCAACUGCCUCGACCAGUACAAGAAGUCGUACGGUAACGAAGAAGACUCGGAGCAGCCUCAGAGGCUUCUGUGUCCGCUAUGCAGAGGUCAGGUGAAAGGCUGGACUGUCGUGGAAGACGCGCGAGUGCAUUUCAACUCCAAGAGGAGGACCUGUAUGCAGGAGAAGUGUUCCUUUGUGGGGAACUUCAAGAAGCUCAAGAAACACAUGAAGGAGAAGCACCCGGAUGCUUGUCCUCGGGCUAUUGAUCCGGCUCUUGAAACCAAAUGGAAGAGGCUGGAGAGGGAGAGAGACAGAAGAGACGUGAUAAGCACGAUCAUGUCGUCGAUACCAGGUGCUGUUGUGUUGGGGGAUUAUGUCAUAGAGCCUCGUAACGGAGGUGUUUAUGAUGAUGAUGAAGAUGAUUACAGCUCGGAUGAUGAUGAUGAUAUGAGCAACAACGGUGUGUUGGAUCUUGAUUCAUGGCAAGGACAAAGCCAUCACAUUCGUUUUAUAGAUAUGGAUGCAAGCGACUUUGCAUCGUCGUCUCGAUCUCAUACUUCUCCAAGCAGUUUGCUCUUCCCAAGGAACCAGAGAGGCGGCAAUAGAGAUCGGUAACUAUGAUUUAACCGAAGCAAAUUCAUGUUCAGUCUCCUCUGCAUAUAAUCUCAAACUCUCUCCUGCAGUACAAAUCGGCUUCAGACUUGCAGGAGCAGUAUAAAAGGCUAACAUGACUAAGACAACUAGCCAUACAGGAAAUUGAUUAUUAAAAACACUCGCAGUCUCUUUUUAUUUAUAUUCAUGUAAAUUAUGUAUUCUCUGUAAUUGUAUUAUUGUUUCAGCAUUGUUGUACCUUUUCUCAGUUCUUGUUUCUUUGUAUUGAUUUACUUUCAUCUUCCUUAAGUUCUGGAAGAAAAAAAAAAGUUGUGGAAAAGAAAAGAUGUCGUCACUCAGACUCGGUGUCUGCCUAACUUCGGACAAAAGUGUGUGUUCCUGUUACUUGUGUGUGUUGCCUUUGUGAGUCUCUUCUAUUUCGUAUGCAGCCGCGUGAUAACCCUCCAGCCACAUGUUUAACUUAAAGCUUUUUCUGCAUUCAGAAAACGGAGAACAGUAUUAACUAGUUAUAGUUUCGAAUAAAACAAGUUCUAUUAAGAAAUAGAUAACCCGUAUCCUCUCAACCCUAAGAAGAAAAAAGAAGCGCCGUCGUGAAUCUCGCCUCCUGCUCCGGUGGUCGGUGUCUCUCACCGCCGCCGGGAGCGGGCCCGUUUCGUCUAUUAUUUAGCUUCUACGGCUUUUAAUCACGGCAUUUUGAACGAUUUUGAGGAGUACAGCUUCGGAUCCGGGUUGAGAAAUGGAGAGGAUGCGACGACUCUUGCGUCUGAUCCUUGAGCGUCUCUACUUGGAUGGAGAAUCGAUCUGUACUGGUAGCUUCGGACUCUGAGCAGUGCUCGUGAGCUUGGCUGUCGGGUUACGAAACCUGUGAAGGUUGGUAGCCUCGUACGGUCGUAAGUUUCUCCUGUUUAUGGCGGUACCCUCAACGUUUAGUGCCUGGUUAUGUUUUAGUUCUUUGUCCUUUGUAGUUGUUGGUAGUUGCUUUUGUGAAUCCGAGGUGUUUGAUGGUUGGGGAUCUUGUGGAGAAGAGGCCAGGUUCUAUCCUAAUUGUCUGGCCUUGCUUGGGUCGUUUCACUAGGUUCAAUCUCUUUCUGGUGCGCGGUGCAAGUCUAAACCGGCUCUGAUGUGGAUUGCUACUUCUUCCAACGAAUUUGGUGAAGCUAAUCUCAGAUGGGUCAACAAUGGUUCUUCGUAUCUGGCCUUCUUCUCAAUGCCUUGUCGUCUAUGUUAAGGGUUUCUUAAGCUAUGUCUUGUCUUGAGUGAUUUCUUUGAGAUACUGGAGUACCUAGGUCAGGAGGCAUUGAUGGUGAUGGCUUCGUUGGUUCUCCGGAAUUACCUUGCCUUGCUCUCGGUAAUGCCUCGACCUGUGCUUUUAAUGUUGAAUGGUUCAGUGUGAAGUUGCGAUGUUGCGAAGUGGUGCUGUCUCUUGGUUUUAAACCGACGGGUUUCUCCGGAUUUCUUGGUAAGAGACUGUGGAGCUUUAGCUCAAUCGCGUUCGGUCUUUGAGUAGUUGUCUGCCAACCGUCUUCUUCGUCGGCUACUCAGGUUGGAGAUCCGUUAUCUCAUGCUUCCAUAAGUUGAAGCUUGAUAUUGAGUGCCGGUUGCUCGUGGUUCCCGGAUGGAACUUGUUUUGGAGCUUUACUCUAACCUCAAAUAAUUUGACAUUUAACGCCUUCCCGCUUAUUCUAGCUUCGAUCAUCGUCUUGCUUCACAUGCUUAUUGGUUGUUUGUGUGCUCCAAAUAUCUCAGGGAUCAUUUGUUUCCUUUGUUUUUAUUUAUGUUUUGUAAUCUUUCUUGUUGUUUUAAACCUGGCUCCGAGUGGUAUUGUUUACCUCGUCGGCUUAUGCUUUCGAAAGGGUGUUUCACCUU